AUGCCUCCCUCCCUGUCGUCGCGAGCCAAUCCCCAUCGCUCCCUCGCCCGCUCAGCAUUCGAGGCUCCUCGAAUAGCUUUCCUCGUCCGUUCGCCCGCCCUCGUUCACCCCACGCGGCCACCAGCCAAUGCUCAUUCCUCCCCAAACCGUCCCUCCGCGUGCGCUCCCGAUGUCGCGCGCGUGGAAUCUCGUUCCCCCCACCGCGGUGACUUCCAUUCUCGCCUCCAGCGCUCCUUUCCCCCUUCCUCCACCGUAUCAUUUCUCCCCCUUACUAGUAACCCGUUAGCAACCACAGUAGUCGGCUCGAGAGCAACGAGGUCGAGUGCAAAGCACCAGACGGGAUGGACUUACUCUGAAUUAGCCUCUGCUCCUUCCGCCACGCUGAGUAUACGCGAGAGCUCGGCAUGUGGGUUACCAGCGGGAGCUCGCCGUGCUGCGUGGUGGCGUGUAUCCCCCACCACGACCACCGUGUCUUGUAAGAUUGCAUUCACGGCGGAAAGGAGAUCGAAGGCUGUACGGCCUGAGCGCCGUCGCCUGCCAGCUUUAUCCGCUCAUGGCUCCGCGGCGACUGUAGCGGAAUCAGAGCCAGGAGACGGGGGAUCGGCGGGGAAGGGGAAAGAGAGUUCGGGUGCGAAAUCAGAGGCAGGGGAAAGUGGGUUGGUAAGUGGAGACGAGGGUGUGGGAGCGCCUUUGACAGCAGAAGACGCAGCACGCAUUCCAGGAGUAGAGUCGACGCCAGGAAUCCCGGCAUUAGCGGCAGCAGGAUUGGCAGCAGGUGGGGAGGGGGGCGGGUUGGCGUGGGGGGAGUGGGGGUAUGCGGUGGCAGGGGAGGCAGCGCGGGCGGUGGGGGGGGCAGGGCGAGUGGUGGCGGCAGCACUGCCGCCGGAGUCAGCAGUGCUGCUCACGGCGUGCGUGGUGGGGCUCCUGACAGGCGCCUCUGUGUCGCUCUUCAAUGAAGCUGUGAAAUGCCUGCGGGCUGCUGACGGCAUGAAUCUGUCGUCGCUCAAAGAAUCUGUGAGUGUUGCUGCCCGCCUCCCAUCUACUCCCCUUCCCAUCUGCCCCCUUCCCAUCUGCCCCCCUCCCAUCUGCCCGCCUCCCAUCUACUCCCCUUCCCAUCUGCCCCCUUCCCAUCUGCCCCCCUCCCAUCUGCCCGCCUCCCAUCUACUCCCCUUCCCAUCUGCCCCCUUCCCAUCUGCCCCCCUCCCAUCUGCCCCCCUCCCAUCUGCCCCCUUCCUAUCUGCCCGCCUCCUGUCUGUGCACGCCAUCCGGGACACCGUGUGGCAGGGCGUGCCGCCCGAGGAGGGCUCCACGUGGCUGCGCAGCCAGUCAGUGGCCGCCACGUGGCACCUGCACAUCUUCGUGCCCCUGGCGGGCGGCGUGGUGAACCUCGUGGCUGUGCUGCGGCCGGUUCUCAAGGCAGUGGCAGCGGCGGUGACGCUGGGCACGGGCAACAGCUUGGGGCCAGAAGGGCCCAGUGUGGAGAUCGGGGCAAGCGUGGGGAAGGGGGCAGGCAAGGUGCUGCAGGGGGGGCGGGAGCGAACCAUUGCGCUCGUUGCUGCUGGCUCUGCUGCUGGUAUCUCUGCUGGUGAGUCGUGUGAUGGUCUGUUUAAUUCGCGUCCUGGUGAGUCUGCUGGGUGUGCUGGCGAGGCUGAUGCGUGUGAUGGCGAGGCUGAUGCGUGUGCUGGUAACGGUUUGAGUGAUGAGGGGUGA